GACAGAUGCCCAGCACCGCAGCGUGGGAGAGAGCCCAGAGAGUCGGGAGGAGGAAGACAGUUCAGGAUUGCAGGGGGAAACACUGCAGGCCAGCGUCGCCUCUCCAUCCUUCGUCCGUCGGUUCCGCGUGUCUGCCGCCCGUUUGCUUGUUGUGCCUGUGGAGUGCAGGUCUGAUGCUCUGACACCAUGCUUCUGCUGAUGUCACUGCUGCUUAUGGGACUCGACUGCUUGCCGGGAGCCCCGACAGGCCGAGAGGUCUACAGGAUGCCCCAGAGUGCCCUUAAAGCUCUGUCUGACCGUGGCACCGUAGUUCUGGAGGCGGCCAUGACUAGCGCCCUGUCCUCCCUCCAGCGGGCUUCAUCUGAGAGGAGUCGGGCUGAAGCAGGCUGUCGGGGCUGUGUUCCCUGUUUGUUUCAGGACUGUGGACAGCUGUCUGGGUCCUGUUUGUCUCCCGCCAAUGCCGUAUCAGAGCCCAGCUGCGAUGCCAUCAGUAAGGCCCAGAAAGUUGAAGACGAAGCUGAGCGGAGUUGGGCUCUGAGCCAGGCCUGUGCCUACUACCAGCACCGCUGCCCACCCGGUGAACUGGACAACGAGAGCUGCAUCCGGAUCAUGGGUGAGAGCUGCAGCGCCCGGGUCCUCCAGUGCAGCCUGCUUCACACGAUGCAGAACCUGGAGCCCGCUACACAGACUCAUGCACAGGCGGUGUGCGGCCAGAGGUCGUCCACGGUGCAAAACGUCACACAGCCUCGCUCGCGGAUUGUGGGCGGCUCGCCCGCACCCCUCGGCAGCUGGCCCUGGCUGGUCAACCUCCAGCGUCAUGGUGGCAUGAUGUGCGGAGGGGUUCUGGUGGACAGCUCCUGGGUGGUGACUGCUGCUCAUUGUUUUGCUGGCAGCCAGAGUGAGAGCUACUGGACGGCCGUGGUGGGGGAGUUUGACAUCACGAAGACUGAUCCUGAUGAGCAGGUUCUCAAAGUGAAUCGCAUCAUCCCUCAUCCUAAGUUCAACCCAAAGACAUUUAACAACGAUAUAGCCCUGGUGGAACUGACAUCCCCGGUGGUCCUCUCCAACCGCGUCACUCCUGUUUGUCUCCCGUCUGGCGUGGAGCCCCCUACUGGCAGUCCAUGCCUGGUGGCAGGCUGGGGCUCCCUUUACGAGGAUGGUCCAUCCGCUGACGUGGUGAUGGAGGCCAAGGUGCCUCUGCUGCCUCAGAGCACCUGUAAGAAUACCCUCGGCAAAGAACUUGUCACCAAUACGAUGCUCUGUGCCGGCUACCUCACCGGAGGCAUAGACUCCUGUCAGGGAGAUUCUGGAGGCCCCUUGAUCUACCAGGACCGAAUCUCAGGUCGAUUCCAGCUCCACGGGAUUACCUCCUGGGGAGACGGCUGUGGGGAGAAGGGCAAGCCCGGAGUCUACACACGGGUGUCGGCUUUCUCCGACUGGAUUCAAGCUGAGAUACAGAAGUCAUUUGGAAGCAGAGAGCCAACGUGUUCGGAGCUUCUAAAGACAACAGAAAUGACAGCGAAGGAGCAGAGGUCAGAGUUCAGCUCGUUCUGUCGCUACUACACCCUGAGCUGCCCCCCUGGUCAGUCUGCCAGUGCUUGCAACCGAAUGGCAGAGGACAAGUGCCUCACCCGCUUUAAGAAAUGUCAGUUACGUUCGUUCCUACAAACGCUGUUGGACCUACUGCAGAGGGCCGAGGACUUCAUACGGGACAAAGUGGACUUGACCUUCUUCACCCAGACUCUUCCUCAGCUGGUGGAGCACAUCUACAGCACAGCUUUCACUCACACCAGAGAGAGGAGGGACCUGGGACUGAGCCUGGGUCUCACUCAGAUUAAAGAACAGCUAGGUGGCGCUGUGGUGCCAACAGAGCAGGGUCCUUCUCCAGUUGCGCCGGCCUUAUUCAGAGAGGUGGGACCCUCAGUGGAUGACUGGGAGAAAUACUUGAGCAGCAUGGCUGAGGACCAGGACCAAGAACUCACUGACACGUCCACAGACAUCUCCACCACACCAACAGUACAGGAGGACAAGCUUUUCCUACAGACACAGGACUCCUCAAUACAUCAGCUGGAGGGAGAAUUUCAAUCCGUUAUCUCAGCUCUGCGCUCCAAAUUGUACUCCAGAUCUGCUCCUCCCACCUUUCACCUGGACACGGUUGACCUCCGGCUGGAUUCUUCCGACGCUUCCCCGUUAGCGCCUUCUUCCACCGAAACACCUGUCCACACCGGCCCCUCCCCCCCCACGGGAUCACAGGAGCCUUGGUCCCUUCUAAGCGCCCUGAUGAAGGAAGUUCAGAAAACAAGCACGCAGGCUGAGGUCGUGACAGAAGACGGGUCAAAAGGUGCAACCUCGCACACUAGAGAUACUUCUCCCGAUGCCAAAUGGAGCACAACUUCGGAGGAUUUUACUUUUGCUGAGAAUGAAGAAGGAACCGAAUCAAAACCCUCAGCGUUACUGCGGUCGACGUCCGUCGCUCAGCCGGUCACUCAGCCGGUCGCUGAGGGAGCUCACGCAGAGACUUUAAGUCUACACAGGAAACACAGGAGCCUCCUCCGCAAGAGGCAGACGCCUGAGGCCAGUGGGAAAAUUUGUCCCGGGGUGCGAGAGUCCUCGCAGCACGUUAGCCAAGUCAGAGACUCUUACAGCUGGGUCUUGAGCAUCCCGAGCAAGAACCUACGCAUGAACUUCCAAGAGGUGUUAGUUGAUCUGAGCUCCAAGAAUGCUGGAGGACUGUAUCAGGCACGGGUAAGAGCAGUAGUGGGAGGACGACCUUUGACCUUCUACGCUCUUGCGGGCCUAGAGAAUGAGUCGUUCUACCGCAGUGUGCCAAGGAUCAUCGCUUUGUCGCUGGAGGCACUCAAGAGUUAACUUUAUCACAACAACCAACGCGAUGACGAGAGACGACAGCAAAAGAAGACUCUCCAAAAGACUUGUUUGCACCAGGAAAACGUCAUCGUGGGACCGAGAGACACGUUUAAAACGCACAUUCACUCAAACUUUACUUUGUCCUGCCUUCGACUGUGAAAAGCAUUUUUUGGAGUUUCCCGUGUCCGACAACUUAACUUUGGCUCUAAAUGAAAACACAACCAUGAAUGUAUCAUUCGAACUAUUGCCACCCUCGAAGCCCCAGGACUUUUUUUAAUGGGGUUGGAGACUUGUCUAACUUAUGAAUCUGUAUGAAAGUUAUUUGUAUUGUCCUUUGCAAAGGUUGAGCCUCUUGUGAAGCACGCAGACUGUAUAUGUUAUUCAUAUUCCUACUUUAUUCCUACCAUAUUUAUUUGUAUAGAGAAAAGCAUUUGUAUUUUUGUAAAAGAAAAAAACUGUAUAUGAAUAAAACUGGUUAUUGAU